UGAUGAGUUGUGACAUUUGGCUUAUGCACUAUUUCUCACUGUGUAUAUUUAUUGAAUUAUAUUGCAUGUUGAAAAGGUGAAAGUGAAAGAAACAGGAACGUGAUUAUACGUCUGAAAGUCUCGAAAGUGAAAGAUUGUUAUAUUGUGUUAGAAAACAGAGAGGAGAGCAGUUCGGAACUAAACUUGAAAUGUAUCAUAAAAUUAAGACUGAUGUGAACUCCACCGAAGAACCAAAACACCAACGUCUUACGAUUACUGAUGAAAGUGAUCUAAUUAUUGCAUCAGAACUGACACUUGUCCUGCUGGGCAUGUCUGUGCUUGAGAAGACUGCAGUGGAACACGUGAUAUUUGGCAGAGAGGAGAGUCAGUGUGAUGCCUCUCCAGCCCUCCUGAUGAAGAUCACAGUAGAUACUGGGGUGGUGGACGGGGAGAAGGUGACUGUGAUCAACACUCCUGACUGGUUCAGCUCUGCGCUCAACCCAGAUGAAAUAAAACAAAAAAUACAAUUCUGUAUUGGUCUGUCUUCUCAUGGACCUUACGCUUUACUACUAGUCAUACCAGUAAAUCAGUUUCUUCAAAAGGAGAAAGAGAUAGUGUACAAAUUUGAGAAUUUUCAAAACACAUUCUGUAAGAGACUCAUGAUCCUCUUCACUGCUACUAAUGAACAAGAAGAGCUAGAGAUCCAAAAACAUGAUCUCAAGCCACUUAAGGAUAUAUGUGUUAACAGAUUUCAUGUCCUGAACAUUAGUCAGGUUAAGAAAAGAGAUCAGGUUUCAGAGCUGCUGAAGAAGGUAGAGAUUAUAGUGAAAGGAAAUGUACAAAGUAGUGACGUCUGUAAGAUAAGUGAAACUCAGAGAGAGAAAGCUAUUGCAAUAUCUAAACAGGUGAGCGUAGAAGAGACAAACUACAUUAAGGUAUCAUCGCAAAAGUUGCAGUGCACAGUUUGGACUGAACCUAAUGAACCCUUUGAGAUAAUUGACUAUCCUUAAGUAUUAUACAGCACUGUAGAAAGUCCAGUGUAGUUUAGCUUUUGUAUUAUUCAUUAACAGGGCUUGCACAUUAAGAUGACUGCUUU